AUGCCGAAGAGAACUAAGGGUGAAAAACUUAAAUAUUACACAGAGAAAAUUAGAAAGCUAAACGAAAUAAAUAAUCGAAGGAGUAUACGUCGUAGAAUUAUACAGUCUGAGUCAUCAGAUGAAAAUUCAGAUGUCGAAACGCAAUCGCAAUAUAACCAAAACGAGGGUAGUUUACCACGCGCUGUAUUAAUAGACGACGAGAUAAUGGAACGUGAUAUUAGGAUGGAAGCUGUAGAUACUCCCCAGGUUGAAACGGGGACUCCAGAGGUUGCAUCGCAUCCAGAACUAACGUUCGAAUACUUGCAAGCUCUCGGGGACGCCGUCGAUGAGGUGCCGCAAUAUGGAGAGGAAAUCCAUAGUAACUUAGCGCAAAGUUUGGAUAAAUCUUUGUUAAACGUUAUCGAAAAUAAUCAUGAUGAGACGCUUUUCGGUGCCAACCUAUCAGAAAAAAUUAAAGCGGCAAAAAUUAUAGAAAAACAAGGGCUUUCUAUCAAGAAAAACGUUCCUGUUACGAAACCAUCUACAUCCUUUUUACGACCGCGGCCGGGAAACUGGACAGGCCCUCCCCGCUUCCCGUCGAACAGGGGGGGACGUACAGCACCGCGGGCGGCGACGAUGACGUCAGUGGCGCGACGGGCAUUGGCGGGGAACACACCACAACCGCCGUCGCAAGCUCGCUUCAGCCAUCCAAACAGACAACGUGCCUUUCCGACGCAUCGACGU